AUGGGAGAGCCUCCCAGGAGGAUCGUGUCUUUGAUUGGCGCUGUCUUGCUAUUGGCUGCCGUCCUUCUCACGCUGCACAACGUCUACUACACCUCACCGGCGCGACCUUGGCCCGAUGUCUUCCUCCGCCCCGACGUCGGAGGUCAUCUUUCGGAUACUGGGCGGGGGCGGCUAGGGAUAACCGAAGAGCAACUCUGGGAAGACCGGAACGGGCUACGCACCAUCUUGUCUCCGGAACACCACAUACAUCGCGAGGCAUCUACCAUCAGGCUCAGGUGGAAUAUCACAAUAGCUGACCUCGCCCCGGAUGGCGUCAGGAAGCAGGUCUAUCUCAUCAAUGGGCAGUUCCCGGGGCCGACUAUCGAAGCCCGGUCAGGUGACGAGCUUGAGAUAGAGGUCAUAAACUCCGCAGAUAAUGAUGAGGGCAUAUCUAUUCAUUGGCACGGCUUAUCUAUCAAAGGUGCUAAUGAAAUGGACGGAGUUAUUGGCCUGACCCAGUGUGAGAUCAGUAAAGGUCAAACAUUUGUCUACAAGUUUCGCAUCCAGGAGACUGAGUCUGGAACCUUUUGGUACCAUGCGCAUUCAAGUGUGCACCUUGCGGAUGGACUGUAUGGUGGCAUCGUUGUACACAGACCCGUGGGCUCUUCAGGCUCCCAUAAGCGCAUCCAGCAAGACUAUGAUGCCGAUCAACUCCUCCUUAUCGGGGACUGGUACCAUAGAAAGGCGCAGUCGGUGCUGGACUGGUAUGAAGAUACUCAACAUUUCGGGUUUGAGCCAGCACCAGAUUCUAUUCUGAUAAAUGGAAGAGGCCAUUUUAACUGCUCAAUGGCUGUUAAGGCUUUUCCGGUCGAAUGUGGUAUUGUCGACAGACCGCAGCUGAAAUUGUAUGGCACAAGGACUAGGCUACGAAUCAUCAAUACCGGAGCCCUCGCUGGGUACAAUAUUGCUGUCCCUGGUGCGAGACUGGAUCUUAUCGAGAUCGAUGGUGGGAACACUGUCGUAGACUCAACGCCAUCCGAGUCACUAGGUGUGCUCUAUCCUGGCGAGAGAAUGGAUAUCAUUGCGCAACAGCAGCCGCAAGCAACCACUGAAGGCACAUUUAUUGUUGCCCUUGACAGAGAAAAUCUGAAAUUCAAGAACUUUGCUCUUACGCCAACCCAGACUUUCUCGCUCACUUGGGACUCAGCCACCGGCAGCACUUCCCCGAACUAUAAUAGCGAUGCAUCGAGCGUCGCUAAACACAUCAACCUAGCAGACGCCCAUGGCUCUGUACCAUCAGAAAUGCCACUCGCGACAACAGACGUUGCAGUAUUCUACACCAGACUAGAGAUACUGGCUUUUCACGAAAACGCACCUUUGGGAGUGGUGAACCACUCUUCCUGGUUCGUCGAAGACGCAAACGCCGCCCCGUUGCUGGGAAAAGAUCGACAUGAGUGGGCAACCACAAUUACUCCGCCAGCUGUGUUUGGUGACCUCGAGAUGCAGAGAGAUGUGCCUUGGUAUCGGCAAUCCGGACCUGACCGGUGGAUGGACAUUGUAGUCAACAACCUUGACGAGAAAGAUUAG